UAGCUAGACCAAGUAUUAUAUUCUUUGAGCUAGACCAACAACGAAGGCCUUCGCAUUCGCUUGGUCUGUACAAGGCAUAAGAGAGCUGCGCCCUCUAGUAAAAAUAGACUAUAAACCUUAAUUUGAAAUCUGAUUUUUGCGGAAAAUUUACCGGUUUUUACAUCCCUAUCGCCGCGCCAUUGUGGUGGUGGUUGGUGUUCAUUCAGUUUGUCAUUAUGCCCUGCUUGUGUGUAUUUUGUUAAUUUUAAGGGUAUUCAUGAAUAUUUUUAUUACAAAUGUUUUAGUGGAAAAUAAUAACAGUGACAAUAAUGCGUGCCGAUCCUUUUAUACCAGACUAAUAUACAUCUUUGAGUCACCACGGCAAUCAGUGAGGGGCAGCAAUGGAGGCAGGUGCGCGUGCGCUCGACGUCCUCCCGCUGCUACACGAGCGCGUGGCGGCGCUGUCCGGCGGGCGCGAUCGUCGCGGGGGGCCUAUCAUAUGGUUCCCGGCCAACCCGCGCCGCGACCGCAUCGGGCCUGAUGACUACCGCCGACUUUUGCAUUACUUGAUCAGCAUACCUAGUGAUGCAGUGCGGUCACAUGGCUUCACGAUCCUUAUUGAUAUGAGAGGUUCUGCGUGGGCUGCAAUCAAACCCAUUCUAAAAGUUCUCCAAGAGCACUUCUCAUCAUCCGUCCAUCAAGCACUCGUAGUUAAACCUGAUAAUUUUUGGCAAAAACAACGUACUACCAUAGGAGCUCACAAGUAUAAAUUUGAGGCAGCUGUUAUUAGUUUAGAAGCACUUCCUAAAGUUGUAGAUAGCUCACAAUUAACACCUGAUUUAGAUGGUACGCUUCAAUACGACCACGCGCAGUGGAUAGAUCUGAGAUUAGCAUUAGAAGAGCUGAUGUGGCAAGCUGGUGAGCUCCUGGACCGACUUGACGACUUGCAAGAGGAUGUCGCUAGAGCAGACUUUGCGGAUGACGUCACGGGUGCUCGCCGGGCCAUAGAUGCACAUGCAGACAUUAAUAAACGGUUGGCCAAGGUUCCUGUGGACGAACUAGAAGCACAAGGCGAACGAGUUCUGCAACGCCUGGAGGCAGCCGACGCGGCGUGCUCUGAGGCAAGCGGCAGCGGCGGAGAAGCGGCCGCCUUCCACUGCGGUUCCCCCGGCGCCGUGCGCGCACAGCUCACCGCCGUGCGCUCCGCACAUGCACACGCGCACAAGCUGUGGCAGCACAAGAAAAUGCAGCUUGAUCAGUGCUUCCAACUGAGAUUAUUUGAACAAGAUUGCGAAAAAAUGCUCGAAUGGAUCGUCAAUCAUAGAACCGCUUUUCUCGCUACGUAUGUUGAAAUCGGUCGGUCAUGCGCGGCCGCGAAGAGACUUCAAGAAGAACAUGCCAGAUUCGCUGCGGCUUGCACGGGCGGCGGGCGGCCGAGCGUGGCGCGCGUCACGACGGCCGCGCGGCGGCUCGCGGACAAGCGCCAUUACGCCGAGGCCCAGAUCACGGGGCUGGCGCACCGCCUGGAGCGCGCCUACAAACAACUUUCAGCUGGUCUGGAAGAGCGAUCAGCAGUGCUGUCACUGUCGGUGGUGUUCCACCACAAGGCGGAGGCCUACGCGUCGGCGGUUGGCGGGUGGGGCGCGCAGUGCGCGGUGGCGUUGCAGCUGGCCACGGGGCAGGCAGGCGGCGCGCCCUGCGCCGACCCGCGCGCGCUGGAGCAGCACGCCCAGCGGCAUAGGCAGCUGUAUGAGCACAUGUGCCAGGCUUAUACUGAGGUCCAUUCAACAAGCAAGAAACUACUUUACCAGUUGGAUCACUUAGUUCAAGUGUGCCAUCAAACUGACCCCGCUGAUAUGAGUGACGGUACUGUCAGCACUGCGGGAAGUAGUAGCGGCGACCCGGCCGCCGACUACAGUUCCGGUGCUAACCACGUCCUAGCAGUCAUACACCAAAUCCUGGGCCACCACAGAGCCCUCGAAGCCAGAUACCACCAGGCCAGGCUCAAACUGCACCAGAGAUUAGCCCUCUUGCUAUACAAGGAAGACUGCCGACAAGUAUUAGAUUGGUUAGCGAACCAUGGCGAAGUAUUUUUACAGAAGAACACGGGUAUAGGAAGAAAUCUCCACAAAGCUAGAGUAUAUCAAAAAUCUCAUGAACAUUUCGAAAAUGUUGCACAAAACACGUACACGAACGCGGACAAACUUCUGGCAGCCGCCGAGGAGCUGGCGCGGUCGGGCGAGUGCGACCCUGAGGAGGUGUUGGGCGUGGCACGCGAGCUGGAGGCGCACGUGGCCGCGUUCGCUGCGCGCGUCGACCGCCGCCGCCGCCGGCUCGACCUCGCCGUGCUGCUCUACACUCAUGAGAAGGAGCUCGUCCAAUGGCUGGAGACGGUCCGAAGCGGUGGCGGCAUGUGCGCGGCGGACGACAGCCCUGAGGCAGCGCGGCGCGCACUUGAACAGUGCGCGCAGCACCGCGGCGCCAGCCUCGAGGCUUGCGCCGCCACCAUCGCGCAGGGCGAGGCGUUACUGCAGGAUCUCAGGUCUUCGGGCGACUCGGACGCGGCGAGUACAACCGCUGUGGAGACGACGCUGGAGCGACUGCGGGGUACACGGGGGGCGCUCGAGGAGCUCUGGUCCGACCGCGAGCGGCGGCUUGAACUCACGCUGCAGCUCCGACACUUUGAGCGGGACGCGCUAGAGGUGUCUUCCCGGCUGGAACUGUGGGGCGACGAGUUACAGCGCACGGAGCCCCCGCGGGACCCGCAGCAGGCCGAGCAAGCGUUGGCGGCGCACAACGAGAGCGUCGCCAGGAUGCAACACGCCACCUAUCAGGUGGUACAACAAGGGCAGGAGUUGGCGGGCGGCAUCGCGGAGGCGGCGGACGCGAUGGUCACAAGCGGCGCGGAGGGCUCGGAGCCUGCCCCGCUAGAUGCGCAGGCCCGCGUGCAGCUACUGCUCGAGUUCCUGCAUGACCGCCAGCUCGAUCUGGAGGAGCUCGCCGAGGAGCGCCGCGCGCGCUUUGAGCAGUGCGUCCAGCUGGGUCAGUUCCAAAAGGAUGCCACGCAGGUGGUGAGUUGGAUCCGCAAUGGGGAGGCGAUGCUGGCGGCUUCGUUCUCGAUCCCUGGGACGCUGGCGGAGGCGGAGCAGCUCAAACGGGAGCACGACCAGUUCCAAGUGGCGGUGGAGAAGACGCAUGCGAGCGCGGUGCAAGUUAAAUACAGGGCUGAUGCUUUGCGCGCCGCCAAUCAUUAUGACCCACAUACUAUCAGAGAGAUUUCUGAAGAAGUAACUGAGCGCUGGCAGCGCCUGGUCACUUGUGCGGAGGAAAGACACAAGCUUGUCACGGCGUCGCUCAAUUUCUAUAAAACCGCUGAACAAGUGUGCUCGGUAUUGGACUCGCUGGAACGAGAGUACCGCAGAGAUGAAGACUGGUGCGGGUCGGCGGCCGCUCCUUCCACUGACGAGCUCACGCAGUCGCAGGCUGUUGAUAAGGCGGCACAGGUGGCAGCCCUAAUAGUGAAGCACGGCGAGCAGAAGGAGGCGUUUCUGAAGGCGUGUACGCUGGCGCGGCGCACAGCCGAGACAUUCCUUAAGUACGCGGCGCGCUCCGCGCAGGUGCACGGCCAGACCGCCGCCGCUAGCAAGGCGCACCACGAGCAGACUAGGGCUAUUCUCGACACUCUGCUCUCGCAGGAGAACAAGGUAUUAGAACACUGGACGGUCCGAAAAAAGAGGCUCGAGCAGUGUCAGCAAUUUGCGCUGUUCGAGCGGUCGGCGCGCGCGGCCGUGGAAUGGAUCCGGGAGACGCAGGAGCGAUGCGGCGCGGCAGCGGCUGCGGCGGCGGCCGGCGUGGCGCGAGAGUCGCGCGAGCGGGUGCGCCUGCUGGCGCAGCUCGCCGACGGCCUCGUCGAGAAGGGACACCCGCACGCCGUGCAGAUCAAGGAGUGGGUGGCCGCAGUCGAUGCUAGAUAUGCAGAAUUUAGUGGAAGUAUGGAGGGCGGCGAAAGCGAAGCGGAAAGCGACUCCGGCGUGGCGGCGUCGUUGGCGUCCUCGCAGUCGGCGGACAGCGAGGCGCGCGCCGCGCCGCAGCCCGCCAGCGCCGCCGACGACAAGCGCCGCAGCGCCCGCCGGAAAGAGUUUAUCAUGGCUGAGUUACUCCAGACUGAACGUGCUUAUGUCAAAGAUUUGGAAACAUGUAUUACUUGCUACCUGCGAGAAAUGCGUACCGACCCAAAUUCUGUGCCUCAGGCUUUGCAAGGAAAGGAGGAAAUAAUAUUCGGUAACAUCGAGGAGAUCCAUCGUUUCCACGAGCGAGUGUUUCUACGGGAACUGGACAAGUACGAGACGAUGCCGGAGGACGUCGGGCACUGCUUCGUGACGUGGGCGCGCGAGUUCGACAUGUACGUGGCGUACUGCCGUAACAAGCCCGACAGCAACGCCGCCGUCGUGCAGCACGCCGGGGACUACUUUGAGAGGGUGCAGCGCAAGAAAAAAUUGGAACAUCCUUUAGCUGCGUACCUAAUAAAACCAGUGCAAAGAAUUACAAAAUACCAACUGCUACUCAAGGAUCUUCAGGCUUGCUGCGCGGAAGGACAAGGAGAAAUUAAGGACGGUUUGGAAGUCAUGCUGUCCGUGCCUAAAAAGGCUAACGACGCGAUGCACCUCUCAUUAUUAGAAGGUUGCGACGUUCCGACAGAUAGCCUAGGCGAAGUUGUUCUUCAGGACUCCUUCCAUGUGUGGGAUCUACGUCAAAUCAUCAAAAAAGGUCGUGAGAGGAGGGUAUUUCUCUUCGAUCUACACCUUCUACUAGCUAAGGAAGUCAAAGACUCUCAUGGCAAAGCCAAAUAUAUUUAUAAAACUAAAUUUAUGACUUCUGAACUGGGAGUGACGGAACACAUUGAAGGAGACGAGUGCAAGUUCUCGGUAUGGACCGGGCGGGAGCCCAUGGCUAGCGACUGUCGCAUUGUUCUCAAAGCUACUUCGCUAGAAGUAAAGCAGACGUGGGUGCGCCGUCUUAGGGAGGUUAUACAGGAAACUUACUUCAGUGGAGUACUGCAGCAGCCGCCCCGCAGUCCCGCGCGAGUGCGCCCUACGAGCUCGCAGCGGUCUAGCAGAGACCUGGAAGAUACAUUACUGGAUGAGACCUUAGACCGGAAUUCUCUGGCUUCAUUUGGCAGUGGUAAUACCACGGAUUCGGACAAGGCUGGACCAGAGAUGACAUGGGUCGUCGCGGAGCAUGUGGCAGGCGGCGCUGGCGAGAUAUCCGUGACGAAAGGCCAGCAAGUAGAAGUGGUGGAAGGCUGGCCAGCUCGCGCCGAGUGGUGGGUGGUGCGCGUGCCGGGCGAGCCACCACAGGAAGGCGCGGUGCCCGCACACGUGCUCAAGCCGCAGCCCCAACACCAUCCGCAGCAGAAAACCUCGCCAUCUAGGCGCCCUCUUAGCCAGCCGUGUGAAGAAGUAUUAGAGGCAUCCAACUCGGACCCAGGUGGUAGUGUAACCGCUGCUAGCCCUGGAAAGCAGAGAAGAGGUUUUAGCGGAAGGCGAUGGCUGGGAGGGCUGCGCAAACCGUCACAGGGAAAGACCGAGAAGGCCUCCAGCGGGGCGCAGUCCCCAGCAGAUAAGCCGGCUCCACUGAAGAAAGUUCCUUCUGAGAAGAAACUGAAGCUACCGUACACGGGCGACAACGGCCGUCUGGAGGACGGCGAGGGCACGCACAGCGCCUCCAGCGCGCUCGACGAAGCCGAGGACGACGCGCCCGAUGUGGAGCUGCCACCGCCCAUGAAACCCAUACAGGACCCGCAGGCGGUUCUGCAGCAGUCGCCCACCCCCACAGUGUCCACAGACGCACCAGCUCGCAAUUCGUUGACCAUGGAAGCUUUGGAAACUAACGGUGGUCCGGCAGAUAUUGCAGAAAUUGAACAAAUAGUCAAGGAAAAAAUGGAGCAGCACGGCGGCGCGGCAUGCGGCGGCGCGCGCGCCGACGAGGGCUCGGCGGAGGACGAGGAGCCGCGCACGCCGGGGCCCGACUCCAGCGUGGCCGUGCUCAAGAAGCGCGAGUACGUGCUGCGCGAGCUCGUCGACACCGAGGAGAUCUACGUGCAGGACCUGCGCCUCGUCUGCGAGGGCUACAUCCGACACAUGCAGGACCCCAACGCUGAUCCGCCGCUGCCCGAGGGCCUCAGAGACCGCAGACUCCGAAUGAUAUUUGGCAACAUUGAGGCUAUCUACGACUGGCAUAGAGAUAAGUUCCUGCGUGAGCUGCGCGAGUGCCUGGAGGAGCCCGAGCUGCUGGGCCCGCUGUUCCGCCGCUUCCUCGAGAAGCGCAUGUUCCUCUACGAGACCUACUGCCGCAACAAGCCCGUCUCCGAGUACAUCGUCUCCGAACAUGACCACUACUUUCAAGAAUUGAGGCAAAAAUUGGGACACAAAUUACAGCUUGGAGACCUGCUGAUCAAGCCGAUCCAGCGUAUCCAGAAGUACCACUUACUGGUGAAGAAGGUGCUGGCGUACUCUGAAACCGCAGGGGCCUCGUCCGCAGCCAUCAAGUCACUGAGGGAUGCCGUGCUUUGCACCUCCAUCAUUCCCAAGAACGCCAACGACAUGAUGGAUGUCGGCCGCCUGCAGGGAUUCACGGGCAACAUCACCGCGCAGGGCAAGCUGCUGCUGCAGGAGGAGCUGCUGGUGUCGGAGGGCGGUGACAAGGCCAAGGAGCUGCACGUGUUCCUGUUCGAACAGUGCGUCAUCUUUAGCGAGCCCGUCGGCAAGAAGACGCACUUUACCAGCCCCACCUACAACUACAAGGCUCAUGUGCAGGUGAAUAAAAUGGAACUAGAGGAAGCUGAAGGAAACAACGGCUUUGUAAUCCUCUCCGUGGACCCGAACAAACCUCGACAAUCAUUCGUGUGCCGUGCGCCAGAAGCUCGCCGGCAGCAGUGGAUGGCGACACUGUCGCGCAUCCUGCACUCACAGCGCGAGUUCGGCGAGGCGCUGGAGAACCCCGGCGCGUACCUGCGCACGCGCGACUUGCACCGCGACGACGCGCGCGACCCCGCCGCCGCGGGUGAAGGUCGGUGCGGCCUGCGUAAAACUGAGAGCGUGCCGCCGUCGAUGGGGUCGCGGUUUGAGGUGCGCGGGCGCGCGCAGCGCGCGCACGCCAAGGCGAACACCAUCAACUUGCCGCCCAGCGCCGCCUCCGCGCGCUCCUCGCCCGCCAGCCCCACCUCGCCCACGCAGCCCAACGGCCUGUCGAAAAGGGCGUGGGGCCUGAAGCUGCGACGCGGCGGCGGCGGUAGCGCAAGCACCGAGCCAGGCGGCGAGGGCGUCGUCACAGAGCUGCGCGCGCCCGAGCUCGCCGAGCCCGCCGCUGACGUGACCGUGCCGCCCGGCGCGUCCGCCACCAUUUCUUGUCGCGCGACGGCCACGCGCGCCCAGGCUUCCUGGCGCAAGACCGCGCCGGAGACUCGCGCGCUGCGACACGGCGGCCGGUUUGCCAUUACUUUCGCUCCCGAUGGCUUGGCCACUCUGACUAUUCACGCGUGUCGGGCGUCCGAUGCUGGCGUUUACUGCUGUUUGGUCAGUAACGAAUUGGGCGGUGUUCAGAGCUCGGCGAGGCUGACCGUGGGUUCGGGUGGCGCGCCCGGCGUGCCCGCCGUGCGAGCGCUUCCCGGCGGCGGCCUAGUUGUUCAGUGGGACGAGUCUGCGCCCGCACAUCUCGAGUACUGCAGAGUGGGUGAAGGGGAAUGGCGACGCGCAACCGAAACGCCCGCGGCGGUACAUACACUGGCUCUAGAAGAGCUACCAGCGGGGCAAUAUAGUUUCCGGUUGGUGUGCGCGCGAAGCGGCGCGCCGGGCGGUGUAUCGCCACCGGCGGCCUGCGGAGGCGGCAGCACGUGGCAGCGUGAACAGUUUGCGCGCCGGUUCUCAGUCGAAGAAGAAAUCGGCCGCGGUCGCACGGCGCGCGUUCUGGCGGCGAGAGAUACUGGGACGGGACAACGAGUUGCUCUUAAACAGGUGGUGGUAGGGCGCGGAUGCGACGCGCGGCGCGAGUAUCGGCUGCUAUCGCGCGGCGCACACGGCGCGGUGGUGCGCGCGCUGGCGCUAUUCGCGGACGUGCCGGCGCCGGGUGCGCACACGCUGGUGCUGGAGCUGGUGGGCGGCGGCGCGCUGCUGGACUGGGCGGCGGCCGCGCCCGCGCUCUACACGCAGCGUCUCGUCGCCGACCACACACGCCAGCUUCUCUCGGCUCUCGAUUGGCUGCACACCAACAACGUCGCGCAUCUCGACAUCAGGCCGGAGAACAUCCUGGUGGAGUUAUCAGGCGCGCACCCGCAGCUGAAGCUGGUGGACCUGGGCUCGGCGGUGGAGCUGAUGGACGGCGAAGCGAGCGCCCCGGCGGGGCGCGAGGUGCUGCCGCCCGCGCCCGCGCAACUGGAGUUCGCACCGCCCGAAUGCGUGCUAGGCCGUCCGCCCGCGCCCGCCUGGGACGCCUGGGCGGCCGGAGUGUUCCUAUACGUUUUUCUGACUGGAUUGUCGCCUUUCCUGGAUGAAUCUAUAGAAGAGACAACAGCGAACAUAAUAAAAUGCGACUACUGUUUCCCGCCUGAGCACUGGGCCGGCGUGGCGGAGGGCGCGCAGCGGCUAAUCCGCGGCCUGCUCGACGCCACGCCCACGCGCCGCCUGCAGCCGCGCGCGGCUCUUGCCGAUCCCUGGUUUGAUGAGGCGCCUGGUCUGGCGCUGUCGGCCAGCCAGCUGAAGACGUUCCUGGAGCGGCGGCGGCCGGCGGGGCUGGCGCCCGCGCUGCACGCGUUGCGUUCGCCCGACACCUGACACGCCCGCCGACACUCGCCCACGGGAAACGACUACGAAACUAACAUUGUUUGUUAGGUUUCGACAUUAUCAUUAUAUUCGCGGAAGAUCAGCAUAGCUUUAAUCCGAAAAAUUAUCGUUACACAAAUGCGCCAAUGUUAGUCAUUUGACGAUUAUCUUAAACAGUAAGAGGUUACUGCUAGAGAUGUAUUACAAGGCAAAACGAAAAAUGCGCGCGACUUGUUUUUCGGAAGUAAAUGUUUGUGAGUUUUAAAAGAUAAAUUGUCGGCUUAAGAGUAGUAUGCAGGCUGUAACCAAAUGACCUGCCCUCGGCGCAGGCUGUGUGCUCGAGAAGACUGUAAUCGUUCUGUAGUCAAUGUGCCCACCUGUCGUCUUUGUUACUUUAAUUACUUGACUCAUAUGCAACGAGAUUUCUCUCAUUAUCACUAAUUAAAUUAACGAGUUAUAAAUUCAUCUAUAACGAGAUUAUGGUUUGAAAUUCCUCAUGUAAUUAAUAUUAUACAACAAUAUAUAAUGUUUAGUUUAUAGUAUUAUUUUCGGAACUAUUUAGUUUGUGUGGUUUACGUAAGUGGCCGAUUGUAAGGAAGUGACUGUGAUUUAUGCUUAAUAUAAAUGAUGCUUAUUUCUAACACGUACUUUUAAACUUUUUUCCAAUUGUAUAUAGACAUUAAAAUUUAGACUUAUGAUAUUAAAAUUGUCCUGUUGAUGUGACCAAAUGCAAUUUUUAUUAUGUAUGUAUAAAGUAUAUAAAUAAAGUGAUUAUAAUGUAGCGCGAAACCUUUUAAGAACCGAAUGGAUAUGAUUGGUAAGUGCAUUGUGAAUACACAUAACUGGUCCUAAAACUGAGCCUACAUUCUUUUACUACUGUACUGCAAUUUGUGCAAGAUCAUAAAUAUGUAUACGUGUCUUGUAUUAAAAUGACGUAAUUAAUGUACCAGUUAUGGCCACUGUGUGCUUGUAAAGUUCAUUUUAUUUUUUCCUAUUUGCUUUGAAACUUAUAAAUCUUAUAAUAUUGGAAAGAACAUAAUAUCUAUACAACUAAUGUAAUAAAUUCAAAUAUAGUCGAAGAAAUUAUAUUAUUAUUAUUAUAUUUACUGUUCUAGGACUGAAAACUCCGCCUUAGCAUGUUUAAUAGUGUGGCAAUAGCGUACCGAAGCAAUAGUAUUCACCCGCCAUCGCCGUUCUCGGACUGAAACUACUAUAUUCUCAAAUACAUUUUCAUCUAAAAGUAUUUGCAAGAUAAUUCGCAAUGAAAUGUUCCGUAAAGUUCUGAAAUAUAUUUUGAUGAGGACUUGAAAAAACAUUUGUAAAGAGCCUCAAUUUGUAUAGGCUUAAGUUAUAUUACGCGAAUAGUUGUUGUUGGCCGCCCGCUGGUAGGUACUCGGUGACUCUGCGUUGUUAAUGGCUGAUUUCCUGCAUAGCAGUGCCGCAAUAGGUUAUUUUUUUUACCGCGCUAAUAGGAUAACUUUGUCAAAGUAUGAGUAGGUAACCAAGAUAAAUUACUCUUUUUACUGAGAAUACCUAUGUAGGUACCUACAAUGAUACCAUUAAAUACAUAUGUUUAAAGCUUCAUCAAAAUUCAAGAUCACCUUUAGGUAUCAAGUUGUAUUUGUACCUAUUGUAAAUUUUAUAAAGCUCAUAAUACAAUAAUAUGAAAA